UACUCUUAGCUGUAGGAUACUCCUUCAGUAUCAUUCAAUGCCUAACAUUUCAGAAGAUGAAAAGGAGAAUGGUUCUGGAAAUAAUGGAAACACUGAAAACAAACCUGGGAAAGAAUCCCCAGAAGCUUCUCUUCAUGAUCCCAUGAAGCCAUACUGCAUGUCAGACACCUCCGCUGCGUCCUUGGCGUCUAGGGGAGAUGGGCAUUAUCCAUGGGGAUGUCCUGUGACUCAUACACGAGAGAAAUUUUAUACCAUCUGCUCAGACUAUGCUUUUUUAAACAGAGUAACAUCUAUUUGUAAAAGCCCAAGUGCUUCAGUUAGUGCCUGCCUGUCGAGCAGUCCUGCCUUAAACGUUGGAAAUAACACACCUAGCUUACUCAGCAUUCAAACUGGUGCUUCAGAGGUAAUCUACAGUGAAGAUGCUAACUUGGAAGGCUUGCCUGGCGAUCUUGGAAAGCUGCCACUGGCAUGGGAAAUCGACAAAUCAGAGUUCAGUGGCGUGACCACUAAUCUGAAAAACAAAGCAGGCAACAUGAAGAAACAAGCAACAAAGAAAAAAUCCCUAGACAAAAAAAGCAAACAAUACAGGGAGUGUCCUCAACGUUCUGCUCUUGAAGACGUGAAGGAGAGGAAAGUGUUGGACCUCCGGAGAUGGUAUUGUGUUAGCCGACCUCAAUACAAGACUUCCUGUGGAAUUUCAUCCUUAGUGUCUUGCUGGAAUUUCUUAUAUAGUACACUGGGAGCUGGAAGCUUACCACCUAUUACUCAAGAAGAAGCCUUGCAUAUACUGGGCUUUCAGCCCCCAUUUGAGGAGAUUAGGUUUGGCCCCUUUACUGGAAAUACAACUUUAAUGAGAUGGUUUAGGCAAAUAAAUGAUCACUUCCAUAUCAAGGGAUGCUCAUAUGUUCUGUAUAAACCUCAUGGGAAGAACAAGACAGCUGGAGAAACUGCUGGAGGGGCCCUUGCAAAGCUAACACGUGGACUGAAAGAUGAAUCAAUGGCCUACAUCUACCAUUGCCAAAACCAUUACUUUUGCCCAAUUGGAUUUGAAGCAACCCCAGUAAAAGCUAGUAAAGCAUAUAGUAGAGGUCGUGUCUUGCAGCAAGAAGUAGAAUAUUGGAUCUUAAUUGGGGAGCCAAGCAGAAAACAUCCAACAAUACACUGUAAAAGGUGGGCAGAUAUCGUCACUGACCUAAACACCCAAAAUCCAGAAUACUUAGAUAUUCGACACCUAGAGAGAGGAUUGCAGCAUCGAAAAACAAAGAAGGUUGGAGGAAAUCUUCAUUGCAUCAUUGCCUUUCAGAGACUUAACUGGCAAAGGUUUGGUCCUUGGAAUUUUCCAUUUGGAAACGUUAGACAGGAUAAACAAUCCCAAACACAAGGACAAGGAAUUUCCAAAUCUGAGAGUGAAGACAAUAUCUCUAAGAAACAGCAUGGACGACUGGGUCGAUCUUUCAGUGCUGGCUUUCAUCAAGAAUCUACGUGGAAGAAAUCUAAUCUUCGUGAGAGGAGGAACAGUGGCUAUCAGAGUUACAAUGAUUAUGAUGGAAAUGAUUAAAAUUAACUUUAGCUAAUAAAGUUGAUAUAUUAAAGUUAGUUUUAAUCAAGACAUAUUAGGGAUCUUUAGUCCUAGAAUACGUAUGAAUAGAAAUUAUGGUAUAAGAUACAGCUUCAUAAUUAUUAAAUUAAUCUGAUGAUAGGUUGCAAUGGAUGAGAUUUGAUGUAUAAACUGACAGAUAAGCACAGAUUAUUGUAC